CGCAGAGGGAGAACGUCAGUCGCACAGCAAAGCCAAAGACAGUCUUGUCUACAGUGAGAGAGAUAUAUAUAUAGAGAGAGGGGUGGGGGGAAACAGCUGCAAGCGGAUACUCAACAUCAACAAGCUGUAUGAGGCAUCUGUAAAGAAGGAGAAGGGAUUUGGCGAGGACAGCGAGGGGGUUCCUUAAAUUUCCCCCCUCCUCUGCUUUUUGAUUUCAAGAACAGAGGCGUGGAGCUUGCAAGAAUAUCCUACAAGUGGUGAAGGGAUGGUUUAGCGAAGCAAUUUGGUGGAUUGUUUCACAGCGCGCCCGCCCAACGACACUGUAAUUCCGAGCAGCAAUCCACCUAAACAUCUGUGAACGCUUUCAGGAGGGAGAUGGCUGUUUUCCGGCUGUCGCUGCUGCUGCAAGUGGGAUUUGUGAUCGGAUCAAACCAUAAGUACGCGGAAUGGUCAGCGCAUGGGGACGAUAUCAGAGCACAGGAGGCGAUAUACGGCGCUCAGACGCACCGUCGGCAGCUGGCGCAUCUCCGCGCGCCUCAACACCCUCCCGGGGAGACGGCGGAUCUGCAGCAGAAAAUAGGGGAGCACCUUCCCAGGGUGGUCGCGGCUUUUCUUCACACGGGGGAUUCCACCACCUUAAAGCACUCUAACUGUUCGCGGAGGUACGAGCUCACCUCUCUGCGGAGAAGGUCACAAGGCAUCCCACAUUACUCCAUGAGCAGCGUGCUGGAUACGGUACUGCACGCCACAAACUUCCUCAACAUGAUCUUGCAAGCCAACAGGUCCAGGGAGCAGAGUCUCCGGCGAGACAUUGAGUGGUACCAUGCCUUAGUCAGGAGUAUACUGGAGGGAGACUCCAAGAUUCACCGGGCGGUUGUCACAUUUAGCGCGGAUUCGUUCGUGGAGGGGCCCUCGGUGCUUCUCCAAGCCACCCGAGCCGGCGGAGAGAUAGUCCUUCAAGACCUCUCCAGCAUGGCCCACCACCACCUGCACAACCGCACCGCCGACUCAGAGUGGUACCACGAUGUCAAAAAAUGGGAGAAGCCAACUUUCCAUAAGAGGGUGCUGAGCCAAGAUUUUAGAUCACUUGACAAUUCUUUAAAAAGAGGAGAGAGUUUUAUCCCGGACAAGACGCACGUCAAGUGGUCUGCGCCCUACCUGGAGUGUGAAAAUGGCAAUUUUGUUCCACGGUGGCUUUUGACCUUAUCGGCUGCUUUCUAUGGCCUGAAGCCCAACCUGGUUCCCGAAUUAAGGGGCGUGGUGCGUGUUGACAUUAAUCUACAGGAUGUUGAUAUUGACCAGUGCUCCACAGACGACUGGUUCGCUGGGACCCAUCGAUGCAACCUGACCACUAUGGAGUGUUUGCCGAUCCACGGUCAUGGAUUUGUCUUGGACAAGUACAAGUGCCACUGCAAGAAAGGAUUCUACCACCCCAACAGAGUGGCAGUAAAUGGCUUCAGGAUGGGAAAGGGAAAAGCUGCAUACAGCGGUCCCAAUGCGGACGAGGGGUCUUCCAGCGACUGUCUGCCAUGUCAGAAAGGCUGUGCCUUCUGCAAGGACGACACCCCCUGUGUGGCACGAGAGGACGGCGCUCUUCGCUUGGCUGUGCUCUCUUUCCAGUGCUUCUGCUUGCUGAUUGUCUUUGUUAGCAUGGUACUCAUCUACCACUUUCGCAGGCAUAAGAGUAUCAGAGCAUCAGGUCUAGUCCUACUGGAGGCCAUCCUGUGUGGAGCUGUGCUUCUCUACUUUCCGGUUGGGAUCCUCUAUUUCCAGCCGAGCGUUUUCCGCUGCAUCCUGCUGCGAUGGGUUCGACUGCUGGGUUUUGCUACCGUCUAUGGGACACUGACUCUUAAGUUGUACAGGGUGCUGAAGGUGUUCCUGUCCCGUACAGCUCAGAGAAUCCCCUAUAUGACAAGCUGGCGAGUGUUGCGUCUGCUGGGCAUCAUCCUGCUCAUCGUCUGCUGGUUCCUGGUGGCUUGGACAUCUGCCGUCUGUCAGAACCCGGACAGGAAGUUGGCUCUGAUCGACGUGGGCUACACUCCAGACGGGCUGCAGUUCAGCAUGUGCCUGCUGGAUCGCUGGGACUACAUGAUGGCUGUCGCCGAGUUCCUCUUCCUGCUGUGGGCAGUGUACCUGUGUUACGCCGUGAGGACGGUGCCGUCGGCGUUCCACGAGCCUCGCUACAUGGCCAUCGCUGUUCACAACGAACUUAUCCUGACGGGGAUAUUCUAUGUUAUCAGGUUCACUCUUGCUCCGGAGCUGCAUCCAGAUUGGAUGCUGCUGCUGUUCUUCACCCACACCCACUUAACUGUAACAGUAACGCUGGGCCUGCUAAUAAUCCCUAAGUUCCUGUUUCCCGUCACCCACAUGAGGGAUGAUAUAGCCUCUGAGGCCUAUGAGGACGAGCUGGACAUGGGUCGUUCUGGGUCAUACCUCAAUAGCAGCAUCACAUCAGCGUGGAGCGAGCACAGUCUGGAUCCUGAGGACAUUCGGGAGGAGCUGAAGAAACUCUACUCCCAGUUGGAGAUUUACAAAAGGAAAAAGAUGCUGGCAAACAACCCUCAUCUGCAGAAGAAGCGGAGCUCCAAGAAAGGCUUGGGUCGCUCGCUGAUGAGGCGCAUCACUGAGAUUCCAGAAUCAGUGCACCGGCAAUGCAGCCGUGAAGACAAGGAGGCCGGAGAACACGGGGGCAACCGUAACAGCAUUUGCAUGUUGAAGAAGAUCGAUCCUACUCACCCAGGAAAGCCAGCGAAGGAGGAGACGCUAAAGAACAAAGUUUUCUCCCUCAAGAAGUCCCACAGCAGCUACGACCACGUCCGUGACCAGAGUGAAGACUCCAGCAGCUCAGCGACAGACAAAAUGGAGGUGACCACAGCUGAAGGCUCCCUCCUGGAUACACUUAUGGGCAAGAAGCUGGUCAAGAAGAAGUCAAAUGAGAAUAUGAACGCCCCUAGUGAAUCUACGGAAUCAGUUCCUUUGGUCUGCAAGUCAGCCAGCGCCCAUAACCUCACUGCAGACAAGAAACCAAUUCAUCCUAGACCGUCCAUGCUGCAGAAGUCCCUCAGUGUUAUUGCCAGUGCCAAAGAGAAGACUUUAGGCUUGACAGGAAAGACCCAGGGGACAGAGGAAAGCAAUAAGAAGAGUCAGCCAAAGACCAAAGAUAGAGCCAAUGCAGAGCCAGAAAAUGAAUGCCAACCCAAGAUGAUUAUUAGCCAGUCUGUUGAGUAUAAACAGAGUGCCGCAAAAGGUAGGAUCAUGAAACAGCCAGUGGGUGGCAGCCAGUCUACAAUCUGUCCCGAUCCGAUAAAGGCUAAGGAUUUCUACGAUCUCUCAGAAGUGUGUCCCUGGGAGGUGGAGGAUCUCCCAACACCGUCUGAAAACAAGGUCCAAAAGCAUGUUUCUAUUGCACCAAAGGAAACCACAACCGUUCAUGGAGGUAGCACCAAGGGAAGCAAAUCUCAGAAGCAGAAAGCUUCUGAUCAAUCGCCAUCAAGUGUCAGGCAUUCAAAGGAAAAUCAGAGGACAACCGCUGUACGAGCGGAGGUAUGUCCGUGGGAAGAUGGAAGUGAAAGUCAAGGCAGUCAAGUGGAAAGGUCAAAGCAACAAAUCCACAGUCAGGCUAGCAAACUUGCUAAAACCGAGAAGCCUACAACAGAGAGCUCCAAAACACAUCGGGCAGAGGUCUGUCCAUGGGACUUCGAAGAGGCCCAAAAGACAACCGAGUUAGCUUGUUCACCAGAUAUGACAAAACAAAUAAAAGGCACCUCUCCUGUGGAUGUGAAAGGGAGAAGUCCCCUUUCAGACCCAUCCAAAAUUGUAGUUUCACUCCAGCCACCAUCUUCAAAAGCUGAUGUAUGUCCCUGGGACUUCGACAGCACUGCCACAUCCCCAAAUUCUGGACAGAGGACACCUAGUCCCUCUCGAGCAUCCAAAACCAAGGAAUCCCCUUUAAAAAAGAAGGGUGCCCCUUCUACAAGAACAGUUGAGAAAGAGAAAUCAAAAGACACUGAUGAUGAGAAAAGUAAAACACAAGCUAAGGACAAGAGUAAAUCUUCAGAGAAACAAGUGAGCCAGCAAAAAAUGGCUGAGGUAUGCCCAUGGGAUGUAGAGAGUCAUCAAGAAGUGCCGAUGGUAGAAAAAAGAAAAAGUGCGAAUGUUGGAGCAGCCAAAGCAAAGCCGGCUGAAGUCUGUCCGUGGGAUUUUGAGGAUACAUCAGAUAAAAAAGGUACAGACAAAAGUGUUUCUGUAGUGAAACAGAGCAGUCCAAAUCCUAAAGGCGGGGUUGUAAGUGCUGCUAAAAAGGCAGAUGUUUGUCCCUGGGACUUUGAGGAUAGCACAUCGAGCAAGAAGGCAUGACACUCAACGUUAAUGGACCACUGAAAUUAUAGUUAUUGAUGUUUACUUUUUUUCACUUGGAAAUCGUUAUAUAUUACCUUUUACUAUUAGUGCGGUGACUUGGAAGAAAAGUUGAUCAAGUUCCACAAGUUGCCUUCCUUUCCAAGGUUUUGUUAUUUUGAAAAUAAGUAAAAUGUACAAAAAACAAAAACAGUUAUGAUGAGCAUUCCAGAUUAUUACAGGAAAGUCCUGAGGAUAAAUCUUAGACAAAUUAUGCAACUUUUGAUUCAGCCUUUUCACUUCACAAGCAAUGUUGAAAACCUGCGUUUAUCAUGUUCAGUCAAUGAUUCGUACAUGGUUCUUUUUGUGCAUUAUCAUCAUCACUUCUUGGACUAGUAUAUGACAUGAUAACAGGAGGUUUAAAGAAAAAGAAAUAUGAAAUUGAGGGUGAUGUGCAAAACAGCAAAAGUGAAAUCCAAAGAAUAAGGGAACAUUUGCAAAAAAGGAUGUUUGUCGUAAGACAGUAAAGUGAAUUUAUUAGUUUAUGUCCCACUCAGUGAGGAAAUCAGUCUAUAGCACUUUAGCCAACUCCAUAAAUAAUGAACCGGGGAAAGACUCUGUUCUUCUUGUACAUUUUGUCUUCUUAUUUUAAACCUCAAGGCAUGAUAUCACACACUGACCAAACUUAGACAUGUUUUUGUUUGUUUAGAUCUAUUUAAUUGUAGUUCUCUGCAGAUUAAAAUGCUUCCAAGUCUGCAGAGAUGUACUGUAUGUGCCUAACUAACUAGUAUUGUCUUGUAUCAGUCUGAAGUGAAGCAAGUGUCUUCUUCUUCAGUACUUUGUGACGGUAAAUUAUAUAAACAGCAUGCACGGUAUCGAGAGUAGCUGGACCCAACCGGUUUGUCAACUAAAGCAGUUAAUGGGUUUACAAAUAUAAAAUGCUGAUUUCUUUUUUUUUAAACAGAGGCACUUCUUUUCCUGCUUUCAUAUUUCCAAAAGCUCAUUCAGGGUGGUAAAGGACAUAUGAGAGCAGCAGUGUCAAACUGGUUCAUAUGAACACUGUAAAAAGUAGGUAUAAAGUAAUACUGGGGGAAUACUAAGGAAACGAGUUGCACCAGCUUUGUUUAUGAAUCCAGCAUGGGUCUUUGUGUUUGCUUGCACCAGGUGUGUGUGUGUGUGUAUGUGGGACACAAUAUCAAGUGAAAAUGUAAUGAAGUACCUCAAGAGUCUCUGGAGUCUCAUGCGUGAUCAAGCAGCACUUUCUGUCCUCAUAUUCCCUCCGUCUUAAACACCAAAACUGAAGACUUGAGCAGGUCACCAUUUUCAUUUACAAACAGCUGAUAGAACCUGCUGCUUAAAGUAUAAUAUUGAUUUAUUAUUAAAACUUAUUUUCUGAGCAUUUCUGAUCCAACUGGUAACAAUAACAUUGUACUUGCUGAGACCUGGAACCAAGGCAACAUCCCUACAACAAAGUCCAGUUCAGCAACAAACACGAGCAGUCAGAUUCAUAUAAACGGUAAUGUGUUAAAAUAAAGUGGUAAAUAUUAUUAGCCAACCUGUCAGUUGUAAACAUCAACCACAGUUUACCGACUUCCUGGUUCAAGCUUGACCUACCAGACUUAAUGUAUUUGUGUGUGCACAGUUUUCCCGCUCAGUGAGAGGUUAUUAGAGCCUGAUAACUAAGCUGUCAUGUUGUUUCACUUUAUGCCUUCAGCUUGAUAUAGUGGUCAUGUUAGUUUUGGGGUGCGGUUCCCUAAAUAAUCAAUAGUGAGUGAUGCAUCUGUCUCCCUACUGUCAUUUUUUGAGUCAACAAGAAAGCUGUGGUAGUGGGUGCUUGGAGCAAUUAGAUUAAUGUUUUUUACGACAAUGAAAGAGAUAUGCUAACACUGUUUUAUAGUUGUUGUUGACUUACAGUAGACUGUACUGCAACUUUGAUCUUAUCCACCAUUUACUUUUUGUUUUGUGUUGCCAUUUUUCAUGGAUGUUGAACAUUUCCGGCUCUUGCGCAGAAAGAUGACGUUGCUGUUCCUACUCGAAUCUAAAAAGCAUUAAUUGAUUGAUUGUUUCUCCACCUGAGGGAAACAGUAGCCAGUGAUCACAAGACCAGACACCAUGAAAUUAGUUUCUUAAUAAACUAGAGAUGUAGGUGGCAAUUUAAAGGGGCCUGGAACCAGUCAAGAUUAUCGCUGACAUUUUGGAUGCACUGUUGCCUUGUUUACGACCUGUCUGAUCAUGUGACCAGUCACAUUUCUCAUCUUCGCAGACUUUGUUGUAGCGAUGUUGCCUUGUUUCCAGACCUUAGAUAUUACUUUGUUGAGUACAAUGUUAUCAUAAAUUAAACAAUGGUCAUAACUACAAAAAUAAAACCCAGGUUUUUAUGAAACGAAUCUAACCUAUAACGUUUUCACAUAAUAUUACUAUACAGCAAUUACAUGAGAGCUUAUCCUUUAAUAUUUUGAAAUGUUUAAGGAGAAGCAUUGUACGGCUCAUCAGUUUUUCUCUGUUUCUGUAUUGAAAGUUCACAAGUAGCGUAAUGCAUGUUCUUCCCAGUUUAAUGCAAGUAGGCUAAAGCCCAAUUGAUUGAUCAAGCUGAUAAUUUUAGAAUUAGACUUAGCAAUGAGGUUAUCAAUUAACAAUGUGACUGAACCUUCUGAUGGUUUCAAUUUGUUCGGUGUUUUGUAUCAAAAUGUCUAAAAUAUUCAUCAAGCACUAUCCACGCUGGGAUUGUAGUGAAAACAAGAACUCUCCCACUUUUUAUUAAACACCUGACAAUUAUUUCAGGAAACUUAUGUAUCAAUAUAUCAUCUACAGUACUUUACGGUAUCUUGUGAGAAUUACAUGGUAUCGCUGAAUGUUGUCACUGAUUGUAAUUAUGUAUAAUUGCUGUCAAAUUCCUUGUGACAAAAUAACUGAGCUCUGUAGGAGUCCUUACUAAUCGUGGUAAAAAUAAAUAAAUAAAUCUGUGUUGUCAGUGAGAUUUUUAAAGUCAAAACACAGUUCAUCAACUGCAAAAUUUCCGACUGAAAUUAAUCCAGUGACAAAUAUUUGCAGCCAGUCUUAUCAGAUUUUGUUUAACGCGCCGAUACAAUCCCACAGCCGGGCUCAAUAAACAUGAUUUAGAUGCUACGUCCUAUAUCUGCCCCCCCCUGCUGAGAAAUGACCUCUGCCAUUGACCUGUGGGGGGCUCCUCUGAAAUAUUCUGAACGUUGAGUGUUUGCCUUACAGUGUGAGAUUUGUCAUCAGCUCUGCUUUAUGAGCUCCUUUAGGAAUGGUGUCUGAAGAAGAGCUGUCUGCGUGCGUGGAUGGAUGGAUUGUAAUGCUUUCAUGGAUCUCUAUGAUAUUUAUGAAUCAGACGUUAGGCGUCGUCCAUUGUAUGCAUUGUGGUAGCAGAUGAAGUGUGACCACGACGACAUUUCUCAACCCCUUUCUUUUUUUUAAAACUGACUUUAGUCUUUGGAAUCACUGCCACUUUGGAUUUUAAUGGCCUGGGAGAUGAAUAAUAUGCUGUAUAUUUUAAAGCAAGCCUCUUUUUUUUGUCCUUGUAGGAAAGCUAUUUUACAUGAGGAGAUGUGUUUAUUUCAUGAUAAUUAUGUAGAAAAUCUACAUGUUCUACAUGGCCUUAGGUUGAGCUUUGAAACAGUUUUAAAUUUGGUCAAAUUGAAUCCAUUUGUUCAAAAAGAAAGAAGCAUAACAAGCAAUAUAUUACAACAUUUUCCAGCAAAGAAUUAUUUUUUUUCUUGUGUCAAAACACAUUUUCAUUUAUUUAGGUAAUUAUUUAUGUUGAUUUUAAACUUUUACACACUUGGCCCAUGAGAUUUGCAGAUACAGCACACAAGGAAACAUGAUUACAGUUGUACUGUCUCAGAGCAGAAAAUAGUAACAAUGCAAUAUCCCACCAUUAUACACAUUUUCAGUCAAUCUACUCUGUUGUUUAAUUUACAUAAUUUCAAAUUGUAUGCUUGCUGUAGCAUUCCUCAGUUCAGUCAGUCCAUUGCUGUAUGUGUAUUAAAUUGUGUAUACAUAACCAGUGUCUUACUGUCUGUUUCUCUGGAGAUUAUCAUUGUAUUUUAGCCGUAUCAUCAAUGAGUCAGUAACAGUUUGAACCUCAACCAUUGUUCUUGUACCAUCUUGACAUAGAAAAUACUGCGUCCUGUAGCUCUUUGUCCACCAAUCGGAUCUGUACCAUGGUGCGUUGUGUUGGCUCAUUUGAACCUGACUUCUCUUCUCUUGUGACCAAACCAAGUCACCCGAUGGCAAAUACACCUACUACUAUUGCUACUACUACUAUUCAAUGCUGUAACGUCGUAAAUCUUGUGGCUUCUGCAUGAAUUCAAGAAAACUAAAUAGGAUGAUGUUUCACUGCCCUUGAUAGAACAAAAAAGAAAAAAAUGAUCUUUUAUGGACUGUUACAAGUUGUAUAGUGAGUGAUACUGUCCCCAACCCACUGUAUUAUGUGCUUGUUAACUAUUGCUCUAUGACAAGCUUAUAGCAUCAAUAUAUGGGAAUAUUUGGUAGAUUUAUAUUGUGUUAUAUUGUGAUAGCAUGUACAUAAAAGAUACCUCC